GUGUUCAAACGUUCAACGUUCAGGGGUGCACCUCACUUUCUGCACAGCCACAGAAAACGCCGAACCCGACCAACUAUAUCGCGAUCGUUGAUCGCGUUUUAACACUUGACUUGCAACAACAGACCAACAUGCUCCCACUAUCGCUCUUGUCAGCUGCCCAAAAUAAGCCCAUGCUUGUUGAAUUGAAAAACGGGGAGACGUUCAACGGCCACCUUGUCAACUGCGACAACUUCAUGAACAUCACUCUACGAGAAGUCUAUCAGACGAGCGCAGAUGGCGAUCGGUUCUGGAAACUCAAAGAAUGUUAUAUACGCGGAAGCACCAUAAAAUACUUGCGUGUACCAGAUACAUUGUUGGAUAGUGUGAAGGAGGAGCAGGCACGCGCACGUGAGGCAAGUCGGAGCGCCAGAGGGGCCGGCCCUGGUUCUAGAGGAGGUCGGGGAGGUCCGGCAAGAGGAGGUACAAUUGCGAAAGCUACCCCCACCCAGUGUUCACCCCUCUCCCAACCCACCUCCACCUCCACCACCAACCACCUUUAUUCACUCACCCGGUCACUCACUCACUCACUCAAUCAAUCAACCGAUCAUUCAAUCACCAAAACGUUUACACCCAUCGCCCUCACCUUGAGGUGUUUUCUUUAUCUCCUUCCAAUGUAUAUCUUACGUACAUAAGUAAAACAAAUUGCUGUCUCUUGUGGAAGAUAAUAAACACACAUACGUCAAGGGG